AUGGAUGAUGGGCCUUCAAGGGUGUUGGACUCUCAACUUGGGCCUAUAUGUGAACAAAUUGAUGGCACCCAUGGACUGGUGGACUCAAGAACCCAAGUCUAUAGUGAACUUAUAACAAGGAAGAAGCAGCAAGUUCGACCUAGAGCAGCUGGUACAACUCACAGGAGGAAAAAACUCAAAGUUAAAAUAAUUAGUACUAAAGGUGCCAUUGUAGAGACAGACGGAUAUACCAGUGAUGGGUUGAUGGAUUCUGCCAUUUCAAAAAGAAAUAAAAGAAUAGUUCAUUCUGUUGGUACUAGAGCUACAGGUCUAGGCCAUCAUCUAGACUCUGAAUUGGAUGCUACUUUGGAUGUUGGUGUUGAACUGGGAAUCCAUGAUAGAAGUAGAAACGAUAUUGUUGUUGAUCAUAUUCGAACUCAGAUUAAGGUGGAAAAUAAGGAAUGGUUUGGGUCUCUUUGA